GGCGGGAAGAGGUGCAUGGGCAGCGCGGGAGUUGUAGGCGGUCAGCUCGGUCGUUUCUGCUCGAAAGGGCCAGCGGGAGAUCGGCUGCGCGCUCUUCGAUUCCCCCGACUUGCCAUAGCCCAAGCUGCCAUGUCGUGAACGGGACGACUGUUUCGAGUGUAUUGUCCUAUGUAGGUGCUGUUGCUGGUGGAGGCAUUGUUCGUUCGUCUACCUGAAGAGGAGAAGAGCGAAUAACUGAACACUGUUAAAUUAGUUUGGAGGGAGAAAAGCAGAGUGCGGGGAGGGGACAAUGGCGACCGCCCUGUCCGGCAGCAUAGCCCGCAUAGUCCCAUCGGUGGACAUAGGCUCGGGACUGGAUCGGCAUCACGAUCCUGGGGAACGGAGGAGUGACCGUCUUUCUCUUCGAGCAGGAGAGUUUUCAUCGUCUUUGGAGUCGCUCUCAGCCUCUCAUUGCCAGUUUCUGCGCAGUUCGACUGUGGCGCGCAAGUCUAUUGUCAGCGCAAGUCUGGGAUCAGCGCAAUCGUCGUCAGUAGGAUGUGGCGGCGCCAAGUUUCUGCCAGCGUUGGCAGUAUCCGAGGCUGGAGGGUCGGGGAGAUCGUCAGGUACUCAGGCGCACGGAAACUCUCGCCGUAGCGUGAGACGCCAAGUGGCGGCGCCCCGCCGCGUUUCUGAGGUUAGCACGGACGAGAGCACGGCCGAUGCUCUGGUCAAAGGAAAGAAUGAAGUGCAGGAAUGUAUAGACUGCGGGCUAGAUCGACAUCAUCUUCUUCGCAAUCCGACCCUCAACAAAGGCACGGCAUUCACGCCAGAUGAGCGAGAUAUGAUGCGGAUUAGGGGGCUUCUUCCUCCCAAAGUCGAAGCGCUCGAGGCACAGGCCAGGCGUGUGAUGGGCCAGCUGAAUGCCUCAGCGGACACACUGAACAGGUAUAUCAUUCUGUCCGGCCUCCAGACGACGAAUGAGACUCUGUUCUACUAUUUGCUCAUCAACUACUUGGAGGAGCUACUUCCGAUCGUAUACACACCAACGGUUGGAGAGGCAUGUCAAAAGUUUGGCAAUAUUUAUCGUUCUGCACAAGGGAUGUACUUCUGCACAGAGGAUAAGGGGCAUAUCAGGAAGAUGCUGGAUUAUUGGCCUCACGAGUCUGUUGACGUGGUGGUUGUAACAGAUGGUGGAAGGAUCCUGGGUCUGGGAGAUUUGGGUGCAAAUGGUAUGCCCAUUCCCAUUGGCAAACUUUCGUUGUAUGUUGCGGGCGGAGGCUUCAAUCCAGUAGGGACGCUUCCCGUUCUCCUCGAUGCUGGAACGAACAAUGAGGUGCUUCUGAAUGAUUCUCUUUAUCUGGGCUCUCGACAUAAGAGGAUCACAGGGCAGCCAUACCUGGAAUUUGUUGACGAAUUUGUGAAUGCGGUGAAGGACAAGUGGCCUAAAGCGCUUAUCCAGUUUGAAGACUUCAACACGGAGUCAGCGAUUACCAUCCUGAAGCGUCACCGAUACAGCUGCCGGUCCUUCAACGACGACAUUCAAGGAACCGGUGCUGUCAUUGCGGCAGGGCUUAUCAAUGCGUCGAAGGCACAGAAGACAUCACUGAGAGACGCUGUGAUUUUAUUCUAUGGAGCGGGAUCUGCAGCCGUGGGGGUAUCAGAAACUAUAGUUGCACUUCUCAAGGAGGAAGGGCUGAGCACAGAGGAAGCAAAGAGCAGAAUAUACAUGGUUGACCGAAAGGGAUUGAUCACAGCGGAUAGACCGGGCGGGAUGGAGGAGCACAAGAAGGUGUUUGCCCGGCACGACAUGCCAGCAAUGCCAGAGGGGACAACUCUCGUGGACAUCAUUGCAAAAGUUAAGCCGACAGCACUUCUUGGACUGAGUGGUAAUCCGGGUGUGUUCACAAAGGAGGUGGUGGAGGAGAUGUGCAAGUGUCAUCCACGGCCAGCAAUUUUCCCGCUGUCGAAUCCAACGAGCAAGGCCGAGCUUACCGCAACCAACGCUAUAGAGUGGUCGAAGGGACAGGCUAUUUUUGCAGCAGGGUCACCUUUCGGCCCAGUUCAGUAUAAUGGGAAGACAUACGUACCUGGACAAGGAAACAAUAUGUUCAUUUUCCCCGGAGUUGGGCUUGGUGCUGUGCUUGCUCAAGUGGAGAUGGUGACGGAUGGCAUGUUCAUUGCGGCGUCACGGUCUUUGGCUGAUUCUGUUUCUGAUGAGGAUAUAAGCAGUGGGAAGGUGUUCCCAUCAGUAUCCCGUGUUCGCGAAAUCAGUGCUGAUGUAGCAUCUGCUAUUAUGAAGAAGGCGUUUGAUGACAAUCUUGCUGGCAUUGACAGACCGGCUGACAUAAAGGAGUUUGUGAAGCGGAGUAUGUACCAGCCUCAAUAUGUCUCCAAUUUCUGCAGACCGAGGUCGAUUUCAAGCGUUUAGGAUUAUGUUGACGCCAGCGAAGUACAUUGGAGCACCGAAGGUUUAGUAAUGGGUAGACGGAGAGGCGGACCUUGUGAUGGUGAUGCGUGCUCUCUGUCUAUGAUUCAUGAUGGGAAUCCCAAAGGGUCUGGCUAGCCCUGUGUGAAGAGGGAGAAGGCCCAUAUGCUGUGCUGCUCUUCGUGGCCGCGCCACGUGGGUCUUACAGCUUUUUUUGCUGAUGCCAACCUUUCCUGUUUUUUGUCUUGAGGUAGCAUUUACCUGCGGUUCCGGGGUGGCAAGAGCACCACUGGGAUCGAGGCGCUCUAGCAGCCAGCUCUGAUGCUGCGAGUUUUUUUACUUUUUGCUUAUUCAUUCUUUCCUUUUUUUGGUGUACUAGGUUCUAGACUCGAGUUAUUCUGUUUUCGGUUCACCGAUAUUUUUUUGACAGACGAAAGCCUGAUAAUGUAGUGUGUUGUCGUAGGAUUCUGUUUUGUCCUUCUUCCCUUCUUCCCUUCUUCCCCCUUCUUCCCCCCCCCAAACACACACACACACACACACACAAGUCCCUAUUGAAUUCUUUGUUUCUUAGCUUCCACUCGCAUUAUUCCCUAUUGAAUGCAGAAUUCUUUGCAUCUGCCCAUAGCCUCAUACUAUUUCCUAUUGAAGGCAUGUGUCUUUGCUUCCACUCACACUAUUUCCAUAUUAUUAGCAUUCUGAUUCCCUAUUCAACAAACACAAUUUUUUGCAUCUGCCAAUACUAUUUCCUAUUGAAGGCAUGUGUCUUUGCUUCCACUCUACUAUUUCCAUAUUAUUAGCAUUCUGAUUCCCUAUUGAACGAACACACAAUUACUUGCUUCUACUCGUACUAUUUCCUAUUGGACGCAUGUUUGUUUGCUUCCACUCACAUGCACUAUUUCCCUGUUGAAUGCGUCAACAACCUAACCAGCUACCAGUUGAUGUGUUCGGAAUCUCGGAUCCAAUUUUAUUUUCCACUUACACCACUGAACACCCCUGAAACCCACAAGGCUUCCUGCUCCCAUCCUUCAAUAACCCGAGAUGCGCGUUUCCAAGAAGAAAGCGACCUUUAUCUGCAUGUCUGCGCCUGUGUUUGGUAUGGGCUCUUCCCCCCCUGAAUUUCUAUUUAUCAGCUUGGUCGCGCUGACCGCUGAUCUCUAGUAUCAGUGACAUCCACAGCAUUUGCAAACCCUUCCUCCUUCCUUUUCCCCUUCUAUCCCCCUUCCCCCUUAACCCAUCUUAACCACACCAGCAGGAGGCAGAAGGGGUGUGUCAUCUACAACCACGUCUAAGCUUUGUGCUGCUAUGUUUUUGGCGCAAGAGAGCAUGAGAUGCGUGUGCUGCAUCGGAAUGAAGCCUUGCGUUUUUGGAGUGUGGCGUUUCUGGUCGCGGCAAGUCGUAAAACGUUUUUAAGGACUAUGUCACAUAAGUCGUGCUGGUCAUGUCACUCGUGUUAUGGCACUUCUCUCGAUGAUCCAGCAUAAGUGGUGCUGGUCAUAUCACUCGUGUUACAUCCCUCCCGAGUCCCUACCUGUUUACGCGUUGGAAGCGGCCCCCUUCUCACUGGGGUGAGGCCCGGCGAGUGUUUACGAUGAUGCUGUAUGGAUGAGUUGCAAGAGUGUCGUUUCGGACAUCCCAAGGUGUGUAGUUCUGUCCUGAGAAUGAGGAAACGUAGGUGUUUUUUGUUCUUCUCCCUGUGGAAGUCUCCUGGGAACAAGGAAAUGUAGGCGUUUUUCUCUCCCCGGAAGGCUUGUUGAGAAUUUGUGUUUGUGCUGCGCUUUGUGUUAGCCCGAUCGUGUGUUGGACUGGGGUUGCGGCAGUCCUUGGUUUUGGCUCCACUCGUCUGUUCGUCGGCGAUUGGCACUACGGAAAUGUCUGGACGUAUCGCCAAAGAUGAGCAGGAGUGACGCUCACGGCAGGACAGGUUGUCUUCAAUGCAUGUGAGAGCAGAGAACGUCUGCAGCCGCCAUCCCUAAGCGGGUGUGCACAAGGUUAGGUAAUGUCUGCGCAACGACCCAACGAUGUAGGUGGUAUGUUUUGGUUUGCCAGUUUGAAUUGGUUGAAGAGGAUGACUAGCGAACCAUACGAAACCGACUCUAUGUGCUGCAUUACCCUUUCGCGAAAGAACUGACAAGAGUGCUGGUCAGUUCUGCUGAUGGUGAAGGAGGUUUGACAGUGUCACAGUGUGGGCUAGACGCUGGAGUUUGUGGUUGGCUAUAAGAAUGGUGGCAGGUAAUCGUGGUCAUUGGCAUGGCCGCGUGGGUAACCGUGGCCCUGACCAAAUGUAUUGUGGUCAUUGGCAUGGCCGCAUGGGUGACUGUAGCCCUGACCAAAUGUAUAUCUCCAGAGUUUGACCUAAGGAUUGAUACAAGGAUGAAGUCCGAUGAACUCGUUCUAUGUGACCAGAAAUGUUUCACAAGAAGUGCACUGAACGUUGUGGAAAUGUCUUAGUGCGUGGUUCGGUGAACUGGUUCUUGACUCCUUAUCCGUUUGUCCUCCUUAGAGAAGGACGGACGUGGUUUCUAGAACGUGCCUAUAUCGACUCAAUCGGUUGACGAGUUUGACAAGUGUAAAGUCAGUAGUUCAAAUCUACCUAGGCCCACUCUGCUCUUUUAGAGGCUCCACUACGGUGAUGCUUGUAUUGCGAUCCUAAAAUUCAUUGCGUCAUGCUGGGCCCGUUUCCCAGCACGUGCUGCUCCCCAUGCUUCCGCAAAUAGGGUGGAGCUUCUUUUGAAGUGAAAAACAAAGGUCUGCUUUUGUG